GGGGCCGGGGCCGGGGCCGGGCGGGCGGCUGGCUGUGCGCGGCGCUCGGUACCGGGCGCGUCCUGCCGCCGCUCGCCCUACCGCGGCCCCAGGAGCGGCCCGGUGGCGGCGGCGGCGGCGCGCAGGGGCGCGGGAUGUCCUCGUCGCCCGCGGAGGAGUGCCGGUCGCCCGUGGGGCUGGACUGCUGCAGCUGCUGCCUGGACUUGGCCAACCGGAGCGGGCCGGAGGAGGGGGCCGGGGGCGAGAACAACAACCCGGGCAGCCCCACCGUCAGCAGCUUCCGGCAGCUGCAGGAGCAGCUGGUCCGCAAGAACCUCAACACCGACAAGCUGAGCUCCAUCAUGCGCCAGGACUCGCUGGAGCCCGUCGUGCGGGACCCCUGCUACCUCUUCAACCAGGGCAUCUGCAACAGGAACAUCGACCAGACCCUGCUCUCCAUCCUGCUGCUCUUCCACAGCGCCUCCGGAGCCAGCGUGGUGGCCAUCGACAACAAGAUCGAGCAGGCAAUGGACCUUGUGAAAAACCAUCUGAUGUAUGCAGUGCGGGAGGAGGUGGAGGUCCUGAAGGAGCAAAUCAAAGAACUGUUGGAGAAAAACUCCCAGCUGGAGCGUGAGAACAGCCUCCUGAAGACCCUGGCCAGCCCCGAGCAGCUGGAGAAGUUCCAGUCGCGGCUCCCUGCCGAGGUGCUGUGCUCGCAGGAGCAGAGCCCUGGGGCGGCCCCCCCGGCCCCGCACGCGGGGGGUUCUGCGGUGUAAGGUGGCUCUGUCCUCGGGGUGGGCAGAGCCACGGAACUCUUUCUACUUCAUCCUGCAAAAAAAACCCAAAAACCUAAAACCACAAAGCUGUUUUUCCGCCUUCGUGCGGAGGACUGCCGGAGCCCGGCGCUGAGCCGUGCCCGCCGGGCAGAGCCAGCGGCCGCCUGCCACAUGAGGAUGCUCGACCGCCGGGGAGGCGCCGGCAGCUGACCUCGCCAAAACCUGGGCGCCCCCCGGGCACGUCGGUGGAACCCCGCCGUUGGAAGGAGCGUGCCCCGAGCCCCGUGCCUUUGCUGCGCUGGUUUUUGUUUUUUUGGGGGUGUUGGGGGGGGGAGGCAGCCGAAACCUGACUCUCGAGCAGCACGGGCAGUUGUGGUUGCACGCACGUCGGCGUGGGGAUUACGAGGAAAAAGAGGAGGGGAAAAAAAAAAAAGCUUGUUUUACUAGUUCAGAGUCUUCUGUAGCCGUAUCUAUGUGCAAACAUGAGCAGCGCCCGCAAUGCUGCGGGUGCUCAGGGCCAGCCAUGCCCUUCUCUGUACAGCCGGGGGAUUUGAGUGGAGACUGGAAUGACAAGCGGCUGUAACUGGGUGAACUGGGCGGCCCAAAGGAGGGAGCAGCAGUGAUGGGGGGCUGCGCUCCUGCCCGCGCCCCCCAGGGCUUGCCAGGUUCCCAGGUGACGGGACGUCCCUGCGGACGUCAGACAGUUGGAGCGGUGACACGGUUGUGUAAAUUUUGUUAGAAAUUGCAAUAAACUCUACUUUUUUAUA